AUGGUCAACUCCUGUUGUGGCUCCGUCUGCUCUGACCAGGGCUGUGGCCAAGAUCUCUGCCAGGAGAUCUGCUGCCUCCCCAGCUGCUGCCAGACCACCUGCUACAGGACCACCUGCUGCCGCCCCAGCUGCAGUGUGUCCAGCUGCUGCAGGCCCAGCUGCUGUGUGUCCAGCUGCUGCCGCCCCAGGUGCCUUAUGUUCAGCUGCUGUCGUCCAACCUGCUGCCAGACUACCUGCUACCGUACCACCUGCUACCUCUGCCAGGAGACCUGCUGCCGCCCCAGCUGCUGUGUGUCCAGUUGCUGCCACCCCAGCUACUGCCAGACCACCUGCUGCAGGACUACCUGCUGCCGCCCCAGCUGCUGUGUGUCCAGCUGCUGCAGACCUAGCUACUCUGUGUCCAGCUGCUGCAGGCCCAGCUGCUGUGUGUCCAGCUGCUGCAAGCCUAGCUGCUCUGUGUCCAGCUGCUGCAGGCCCCAGUGCUCCCAGUCUGUGUGCUACCAGCCCAGUUGCUGUCACCCCAGCUGCUGCAUUUCCAGCUGCUGCCGCCCCUCCUGCUGUGAUUCUAACUCUUGUGGCUCCAGCUGUUGCCGCCCCUGCUGCUGCUUCCGCCCAGUCUGUGGCCAAGUCUCCUGCCACACCACUUGCUAUCGCCCAACCUGUGUCAUCUCCACUUGUCCCCAUCCCACCUGCUGUGCCUACCGUUGCUGCUGAGCCCCCUGCCCUGGACCCAUCUCUUCCUC